AUUGACAAAAACAAUGGGAUCUUGUUGUCAUUUAGACUUCAGUCUGUCAGAGAAAUGGGAGAAAAGUCCAUGGAGGAAAAAGAUCCUAUUAGUCAUAACGAUGGUAGUGCAAGUUCAGGAGACAAGCAUUUGGAGGGUGGUACUUAUGAAUAUCUUGGCAAUGCUUAUUUUAGUGUGGGUUAUUUCAAAGAAGCCAUAGAGCACCACAACCUACAUCAUAAAAUAGCCAAAGAAGUAGGAGACAAGCAUGGGGAGGGUGUUGCUUAUGGCAAUCUUGGAAAGGCUUAUCGCCAUCUGGGUGAUUUCAAAAAAGCCAUAGAGUACCACAACCUACAUCAUAAAAUAGCUAAAGAAGUAGGAGACAAGCAUGGGGAGGGUGUUGCUUAUGGCAAUCUUGGCAAGGCUUAUUUUAGUCUGGGUGAUUUCAAUAAAGCCAUAGAGUACCACAACCUACAUCUUAAAAUAGCUAAAGAAGUAGGAGACAAGCAUGGGGAGGGUACUGCUUAUGGCAAUCUUGGCAGUGCUUAUUUUAGUCUGGGUGAUUUCAAAAAAGCCAUAGAGUACCACAAUCUACAUCUUAAAAUAGCUAAAGAAGUAGGAGACAAGCAUGGGGAGGGUGUUGCUUAUGGCAAUCUUGGCAAGGCUUAUCGCCGUCUGGGUGAUUUCAAAAAAGCCAUAGAGUACCACAACCUACAUCAUAAAAUAGCUAAAGAAGUAGGAGACAAGCAUGGGGAGGGUGUUGCUUAUGGCAAUCUUGGCAAGGCUUAUCGCCGUCUUGGUGAUUUCAAAAAAGCCAUAGAGUACCACAACCUACAUCUUAAAAUAGCUAAAGAAGUAGGAGACAACCAUGGGGUGGGUGUUGUUUGUAGCAAUCUUGGCAGUGCUUAUGACAGUCUUGGUGAUUUCCAAAAAGCCAUAGAGUACCACAACCUAAAUCUUAAAAUAGCUAAAGAAGUAGGAGACAAGCAUGGGGAGGGUGUUGCUUAUGGCAAUCGUGGCAAUGCUUAUGACAGUCUGGGUGAUUUCAAAAAAGCCAUUGAGUAUCACUACCUACAUCUUAAAAUAGCUAUAGAAGUAGGAGACAAGCACGGGGAGGGUGGUGCUUAUGGCAAUCUUGGCAAUGCUUUUCGCAAUCUGGGUGAUUUCAAGGGAGCCAUAGCGUACCACAACCUACAUCUUAAAAUAGCUAAAGAAUUAGGAGACAAGCAUGGGAAGGGUGGUGCUUAUGGCAAUCUUGGCAAUGCUUAUUUAAGUCUGGGUGAUUUUAAAAAAGCCAUAGAGUACCACAACCUACAUCUUAAAAUAACUAAAGAAGUAGGAGACAAGCAUGGGGAGGGUGUUGCUUAUGGCAAUCUUGGCAAUGCUUAUUUUAGUCUGGGUGAUUUCAAAAAAGCCAUUGAGUAUCAUUGCCUACAUCUUAAAAUAGCUAAAGAAGUAGGAGACAAGCACGGGGAGGGUGGUGCUUAUGGCAAUUAUGGCAAUGCUUAUUUUAGUCUGGGUGAUUUCAAUAAAGCCAUAGAGUACCACACCCUACAUCUUAAAAUAGCUAAAGAAGUAGGAGACAAGCAUGGGAAGGGUAAUGCUUAUGGCAAUCUUGGCAAUGCUUAUCGCCGUCUGGGUGAUUUCAAAAGAGCCAUAGAGUACCACAACCUACACCUUAAAAUAGCUAAGGAAGUAGGAGACAAGCAUGGGGAGGGUGGUGCUUAUGGCAAUCUUGGCAAUGCUUAUUUUAGUCUGGGUGAUUUCAAUAAAGCCAUAGAGUACCACAACCUACAUCUUAAAAUAGCUAAAGAAGUAGGAGACAAGCAUGGGGAGGGUAGUGCUUAUGGCAAUCUUGGCAGUGCUUUUUUUAGUCUGGGUGAUUUCAAAAAAGCCAUAGAGUACCACAAUCUACAUUUUAAAAUAGCUAAAGAAGUAGGAGACAAGCAUGGGGAGGGUGUUGCUUAUGGCAAUCUUGGCAAUGCUAAUUUUAGUCUGGGUGAUUUCAAAAAAGCCAUAGAGUACCACAACCUACAUCUUAAAAUAGCUAAAGAAGUAGGAGACAAGCAUGGGGAGGGUAGUGCUUAUGACAAUCUUGGCAGUGCUUAUUUUAGUCUGGGUGAUUCCAAAAAAGCCAUGGAGUACUACAAUCUACAUCUUAAAAUAGUUAAAGAAGUAGGAGACAAGCAUGGGGAGGGUGUUGCUUAUCGCAAUCUUGGCAAUGCUUCUGACAGUCUGGCUGAUUUAAAAAAACAGGUACCCAACGGGUACUUGUGUCUGCUGCAAUAGGAUGGCGUUUUCACAAAGAACAGUGGCAUAUGUUACUCCAGUGAUUUUUUUAAAAAAAGGUCCGCUAUGCUAACAUGUGGUAGUGCAAGGUGUUUCCUGGGAGCGGAUAGUUUUAUUUUAUGCAAUCAAGUGUAGUACUUCUGUUUCUUUUAUACUAGGGUGUUUUUUUUUUUUUUUUUUUUUUUUUGCCUUGUGUUCACUAUGUUGUAUGUCCAUUAGCAUUAAUAUUUUUCAAAAUGAACUGCAUGUAACAUAUAAAGGUAUGGAAAUAAGUGUACCGGAAAAAAUCGUAACGCAGUGGCAAAGACAAUGUGGUAAUUCAAUUGCUUUUAUUAACACAACUCAUUUUGUUAAACAUUAGUAAUUCCACAUGGUAUAUUUAUGUUGUAAUGAACUGUAACGAAACUUAAUGGUACUUCAAGAACUGUUUAAGGGGCAAUAACUGUAACGGAACUACUCAAAGUUAACGAAAUUGCCAAAAAAUUGCAAUAAAGUGUAAUCUAAUUAAUAGCAACUGAACCACUCAUUCAAUGUUGUAUGUUGUUACUUUUUGAUCGAAAUCAUUUACACAAUGAUUUUAAUAGGAAUAAACUAUAACAGCAUUUCUGCCUGUGUAUACUGUUUUACAGGCUGUAUGUGAGCGUAAAUCUGGCAUUAAUAAAAGAACUUUGUAAUUUUGUUUGUACAGGUUUGAACUUCCCACGUUUUUGUUUUCAACCUUUGCCAAUGAUGAGGGAAGUACAUGAACAGCUAUUCAAAUGAUAUAGGGAGAUACCUCGUUUAUGAUCUUUGAUUUAUUGUCAUAUUUUAUUUUUAAGAUUGAAGCAUCUAAGAGUGCUUCUGUUAUCUUUUCUUCAUCCAGUGUUUGUGGACGUUGUAAGAUAUUAAAAACUUUUUUAAUUUGUUCUUGGAAGAAUGUUACAGUGAACUGGUUGUCAUCUUGUGAAACUUUAACUUGUGCAAAACAGUUCUUAAUACAUUUAUCUCUUUUUUGCGUCAGAUUACAGUUACCACAUUUUAUAAUCUUGGCAGUAAAAGAUCCAUCUGCUACCUUUUUGUGGCACUGUAAACAUGAAAGGUACUUUCCGAAUGUUAGCAGACCAAUGACUUCAACCUUGGCUUCUGUGGUUGUAAAAGAAUCAGGCAGUUCAACAGACUGGGGUAAGGAUUCAAUGAAGUCCUCUGCUUCCGACACUGUACAGUCAUGCAUCGUUGUGCCCAAGGCCAGUUUGUCAGACUUGUAUUCUUUUAUAACUCUAACGUUAUGGAAUGUAUAAGUUUUUCCUUCACUGACUUCAUUUAUUUUGUCUUCCCAGAGAGUUAAUGUUAUUGUUCCGGGUGGAUCGCUGAGGAAGCAUUCAGCUUUACAUUUUUCUCCAUUCGCUGUAGUUACUUUUUUUGUACCACUGAUCUUUGUAACUUUCGCUUUAAUUGUUAUCAGCUGUUGGAAGUGGACACCAGAGAGUGACGCUAUGUUAUUUGUUUGUGGUAUUUCUUUUGGUGCGAAUGAUACCUCGGUUGCGUCAAUUCGGACUUUGUUGUCCAUAAGUACUGUAUUUGAUUUAAGAUCCAUUUGGAAGUUGCUAAGCUUCACAGGGCUCUUUUUUGAACUUCUGGCUUUCAGGUCAUCGUGUUUUUUUUGUGGCAAAAGCAUAUUGCUCUAACGGUACUAUCAGAGCCAGUUUGAAGUAACAUUUCAAAGUAGCUUGAUUUUGAGCUUUUCUUCACUGGCGAUACAGCAUGGAGAUAUCCUGUUAGUUCAUGAGGUUUGUCCAUGUUAAAGCUGUUGAGAGAAAGAGAUUUAAAAUGAAUAUUUGUAGCAAGAUAAUAAAUUUUAAUAUAUUUUAAUUAAAGAAAUUGUAUUUUUGCGUUGUACAUGUAAAGUUGUAAUGUAAUGUUUAAAGCAAAGUAAUACUUGCCUUUGUAAGUUUUAAUCAUAUGGCGGGGAAAAGAGAGCGUUCAGGGUUACUAUCCAAAAUUAGACAGCAACCUCAAACAACACAAGAAAAUUUAAACUACAUGUAGCAGUUCUCAAUGAGAAAUGAGUGCUGCUGUUAGUUGCAUGUUUUAAUACUACGUACAACACGUGCUAUCAUUUGUUUAUAAAAUACAAGGCGAAUAUCUAAUCCUACUGGAGUUAUGACGAUUGCAGCUCAUUUACAGAUGUCAACUCAUGCUUUUAUUUGUUUAUAAAAUACAAAGCAAAUAACUAAUCCUACCCGGCCAAGUUACGACGCUUGGAGCUCAUUUACAGAUGUGGUAUUAAAGCUUCCUUUUGAAACAUUUAAGCAACAGAAUCCUCUUUUAAGCUCAGUUACACCACACAAAAGAGUUUUAUUUUCGAUAUUUCUAGUUUCUUUGACACUUUUACGGUUAAUUUAUCGAUGGCUUCAAGAAUAUUGACGGCUGUCUACAGCAGCAAUUAUGUUCGAAUUAAUGCACAGAUUGCUUUAUGAUCUGAAAAAUAUGUUUCUAAAAUGUGCAAAUUCACCUGUGAUUCAGGUAAAUUAGUAUAAAUGUGGUCUAUGGUGGUUCUGUUGUCAGUUGUAUAACAUGAUAUUAAUUGCCUGUAGCUGUUUUCUCUAAUGAACAAAUUAUAAAGAGGAAGUUUCUCUUUUUUCAUUUAACCAGUUCACGUUGAAAUCACCCAUAAAUAGUUUAAAUUGGGAACAGUUCAUAGUCAGAAGUUCUGUUAAUGCUAAACACAUCUGUCGUACAGGCACUCUGGGUGACCGAUACACACCUAUUAUGGUAAUUUGUGGUAUUUUUUCAAGUUUUACAAUAGUUAUUUCUACGCCAUUUGUGUUCAUGCAAACUGGAUACCCAGGAAUAAAACUUAUUUUACUAUACACAGCUGUUCCACCAUAAGGUCUGGUAUUACAUGUUGUGCAUUGACUGUCAUUUCUAAAUAAACUGUAGCCACUAAUUGUGUAUGCAGUAUUGCUGUCUAAAGUAUAUAACCUUGUUUCUGAGAAUAUACUGACAUCAGUAUGUGAAUAGUUCAAAUCUUUGCGUAUGUCUUCUAUAUGUUUAUGCAAUGAUCUUGAAUUAAGGAAGCAUAACUUAACAGUAGGUUCAUGUAUUUCAUAAAUAGGAGUUAAAGAAAAGUGGAGAUGCUUUUCUGUCCGUAAGCGUUGCAUUUCUGCUUUAACAUCAUGAUUUACAGCUAUUUUGUUCUCACAAAGGUCAGUUAUGUAAAGCCCUUCUAUAGUUGUUACUCUACUUAAUCCUACAUAAUGAAUGUGAGGUAUUGCUCUCCUGGUGUUAAAGUUAACUACUAUUCUUGUCUCAGUGUCACCUUGUGAUCUGUGAAUGGUUUUAGCAGCUGCAGGUCUCAAUGGAAAUUGCUUUCUCACAACCUGAGCUGUUCUGUUUCUUCCAACUGCAAAUUGUGCAGUGAUAGGUUUGAUAGGAGUCCAUUUGCGUUCAAUACCUUGUACAAAUAAGUGCCUGUAAUCAUGUCUAGUUUUUCCUCCUACAUGUGCUUGGUCAAAUUCUACCCAUAUUAUUCCAGAAGGUCUGUUUUUGUCAUGUAAUUGUAUCUUCCUUACAAUAUUAGCAGCACCAUUUGUCAUGCCAUCAUCAGUCCUUAGAUUCACUGCGAUUUCUGUUCUUUCACCUUCAGCAAGUUGAAGGUUUAAAGGUAAUUGCUUAGUUUUUCUAGGAUCAAGUGGUACUUGCUUUAAGAUCUUAUCCCUUAGUUCUGCAGAGUUAGCACCCACAACACUAUGUAAGGCUGUUAUUGUAUACUUUUCACCAGUUGCAGCCAUGUGAACUCUCCUAUUAAACUCAUCAACUUUAGAAUUCUGUAUGAACAAAUGGGGGACAUCGAUAGGGUAAUUUGUACAAUUUUCUGAAAUGCAUCUCUCUUUAAGUUUUGCAAUGUCUUCUGGAGUGUGAUUACCUUCUCUUAACCUGUUAACAAGUUGAGCAAAUUCUUUGCUUUCUCUUUGUCUCAUAAUUUCUUCUAAUUCAAACAUUGUAUAUAGUUCUUGCCACAAGUUGGGAGCAAGAGCUCGAUAUUCUGAGUUGUUCAUAUCUUUAAACACAUAACCAUCCAUAACAGGUUCUAACUGAAAUAAAUCACCAAGUGCUAUCAUGCUUACACCUCCAAAUGGUUCUUUGCUGCCCAUAAUAUCUUUUAAUCUGUUAUUUAUUUGUACAUUAAACAUAGUAUUGCCAACCAUUGAAAUUUCAUCCAAAAAUAUUAGUUUCACUGCACGAAGUUUACAUCUCAGAGUGUUAAGUCUACUUGAGUCAAGAGGUUUAUAAAUCUUUAGUGACUGGCUUGCUGGAGUUGCCAAGGUACUGUGUAUUGUAUUACCUUGUAUGCCAAAAGCAGCUUUUCCAGUUGGUGCUAAUAACAGUAUUUUAACAUCAUUGAAGUCUUCACCAGCUCUGGAGUUGUAAUAUUUUAGUGCUGCUUGAUAUAGACAUUUGACCAGAUGGGACUUGCCCACUCCAGCUCCUCCAGAGAGGAAAUAGUAGAAUGGUUUGUCUGAUGUUUUAACAAUAUGCAAGAUAUGAUAAAAAAAAUUCCUUUUGCUUUUGAUUUAGUGUUUGCACCAAUUGUCUGUACUCUUGGUCUUGUAAUUCAUUUAGUAUCAGUGGUUCACUAGUUUCUAUUGCUGAAGGAAUUCCAACAUCUUCUGAUAAAUCAUAGUUUUCAUUGAGAUCAGGAUGCAAAUCUUGAAGACCCUCAGCCUCAUCCUGGUAUUCUCUGUUUUUUGUAAAUGGUGCUAUUGAGUCAAAAUGAUCAUUGUCUUCAUCAAGAUGAAUCAAGUGUUCAUGGAUUUUGUCUAAGUCUUCACUGCAAACAGCAUAUAGUUUCAUUUGCUUAUUUAUACUAUCUUUUACAUUUAUGAAACGUUCUUGGUAGGAGGAACAGUUAGCUAACAAAUCAGUGUCCUCAUUUCUCCAUGAUGUAAACAGCAUUAUUAAUUCACGAUAAUGUUUUUCUGGAUCUUUUUCACAGUUAUACCAAACACUUCUUAUAAUUCUAGCCUUUGAUCUUUUUUUGUUACUUUUGGGAUUGAUGAGAUUAUCCUCAAAAAGGUCAUCGUCAUUUUGUUCAUCAUCAGCUGUUUCUAAUGGAAGGUUAUCAGAAUCUCUUUCGAAUGAUUUUUUUGCAUAUGGUUUUCCACAUGAGUCAUACCAUGCAGCCCAAUCUGCCAAUGUUAAGUAUUCAAAGCUGAAAGGGCGUUUUGCAUAUCUUUGCAAAAGACCAUUGGUAUAUACAUCUUCACAAUCAUCAUCCAUUUCUUCAAUGUCAUUUAUUGAUUUUAAAAGCUGAACUCUUUCAUUAGGAGGAGUGGUAUUUAUGAAUAUUACUUGACGAGAAGACUUCUUCAUAGGAAGCUGUAAAACAAUGUAAACAGCUUCUUGUGCACUUAUCUCGACACUGUUUAAAAAUUUGUUUCCAAUGUCUCGUACUUGUUGCUUUAUGCUAGAAUUUCCUUUUCUGGCUUCAGCACAUGCUUGUCGUAAAAGUUCACUCAUUCCUUUUUGUGCUUUAGAAAUAUAUGAAACUAUGUACAUGGCACAUGCAUACACAUCAAGUACAAACUGGAUAUCCAUGUUUGCUCUCCACGCCUCGAGGGAAGCAGGAUUAUAGUUGUUUAUUCUUAACUCAUUCGGUUUUCUUUUUAAAAACACAGUUGGUGAAUUUAACGAUGACCUCACAGCUAGUCGAUAUUCAUUUUCAGUAACUUUUAAUUUGACAAGUAGUUGUUCAAAUGUUAUAGGUUCGCCUUCUUUCAUAUCAUUUAAUUGCUUGUUGAUUAUUUUCCAAGUGUCUUUGUGCUGUUUUAUUUUAUUUUGUGGCAUUUCUGCUUCUAAAGGGUAAAGAAUUUCAGUUGCUCUCAUAGGAGGUUGUGGAUAGUUAAAUCGACAUUCAUUCUUUGACUUUUUUCUACAAGUGUGACAAUGCCUGUGAAUUUGCCUGUUCACUAGUUUAUGUAAUUCUGUAUUAUCAACUGGCCACUGACAACUAAUUAUUUUAUCAAUAAAGUCUGUAACGGCAGCAUCGUCGUUGACUCCAAAUACUGGUGCAUCUUCAAGCCAUAUAAGCAUGUGUAUGUGGGGUGAGCCCCGCUGCUGGUAUUCUACUCGGUAAAACCAGUCAGAAAUUUUGCCUAAUGGUUGAGCUUUACCAAAAAGAAAGUUCGUGAGAAAUUGACUAAUUUGAUAAUCAAAAUGUCUAGCACAUGUCACUGGGUCACUUUGAAUAAGCCUGCAUUUCUCAUCCCAGGUCAUAUUUUCAAGCUCACUGGUAGUGAAGUCUUUGUGAUCAACUACCUGGCCAAGUAUUCGAAGGAAAUGUAUCCAUUGUGUUUCUGCUGAAGAAAAACUACAGAAUAUAGAAGAUGGUCCUAAUUGUCUAAUCAUUGCCAACAAAUCUUUCUUAGCCUUUUCAAAAUAUGGUGGUGAACCUCUUAAUGCUCUCAAGAAUUGGAAUCCUUCAUCAAGAUGAAUCAAGCGCUCUAUUGCUCCUUCACAUUUCAACUGUCCUGCAUUUAAAGAUCUAUUAUUUCCUUUGCACUUUCUAAGAGCAACUUGUGAUUUCUAACAUAAUUUUCAUUUGAAGUUUUUUUUUUGUUUUAAAGAAUAUGUUUUCAACACACAUAGCAGCUCUCCUAUCUGAGCGUCUUAGUUCAGAUUUACAGAUGUCGCUAUAAUGAACGUUAACUAGUCUAUCUUUAUUUUCCGGCCGACCUUGACCAAGGAAUAUACCAGGAUACGCUAAUUCUUCAGAAUAUUGAUCUCUGAAUAUACUUAGGGGUUUGGUUCCUUCUCCUGGUGCAACAUUUAAUAUAUGUUGAGGCUCACUGUCUUCAACAAAUUCUGUGUUCGUCAACAUGGUGUCAGUAACACCAGCAGGUAUUUCUGCCUCAUCUUCAGUCCACUGAUCAUCACUAUCAGUGACAUCACUUCCACUAAUAUUACUUUGCUUAUUGCAGCUACUGGUGUUUUGUAUUUCUUCUGAUUGUUCAUUUUGAUUUUCAGGAUUAGUUUCACCUAAUAAACUGUUUACUCCCCAGUCUUGAUUUACAGUUAUUCCUUCCUGUUUGUAGAGAGUGCUGUUAUUAACUAGCCAAUUGGCUGCUUGAACAACUUUAUGUGGCCUUAUAUUGAGAGACAAUGCUGAGCUUUUGUAUUGCAAUUUUCUCUUUAAAUUGACUUUAAUUGUACCAGCAUCAUUGGGUAACCUUGGUAAGAUAUUGACAGUAUCAGUUACUUCUGCUGGGACAUUUUCAACAUUUCCAUUAUUUUGAAUUGCCUUCCUCUUGGAGCUUGCAUUAAUUUUUGAAAUGCAAGUCUUGGAGCUACAAGCCUACAUUCCAGUUCAUUGAGGUCAAAAAAUUCAGGUUUUAUUGGAAAACUCAUUCCAUUCAAUAUGGCAAGGGGUGGAACUUUAUUCUUUGCUAAGUAAUUAUGACAAGUUCUACAUAGCCACUCUUUAUUGUUGACACUUUUUGUUUUUAAAAGAUAUUUUUCAGCAGCAGGGUUUGAUUUUCUUAUUUUAGUAGCUGGGUAAACACUGUGUUUAUACCACAGCUGAUCACAACAACUACAAAUAUAUAAGGGGCCCUGUGACACAAUGUCAUGAAACCUCAUUAUUAAGGCAGCCAUGUUUUGUAUUUUUUCGUUUGUUUCUUUUUGACUUUCAGCAUUAUUAUUUUCUUUAGUGGUUGAGGUUUGCUUCUUGUUGUUACACUUAUACUUUUGAUUCAUUUUAGUAGCCCUUUUGUUAUUUCUGUAAUGUUUCAUGUAAGAAGUCCAGUUUUUUUUCUGCUCCUGUGUCUUGGAUUUGCAUUUAUUUUUUCCACUACUGUUAGUGCUUAUUCUUAAAUUGUUUACAUCAGAAUUGUGUUUUCUUUUUCGACUUCCAUUAUUUACUAGUACAGCAUUUGUAUUCUCUUUAGUGGGUGAACUUUGUUUAUCACUGUUACAUUCAUAGCUUUGAUUCAUUUUACCAGCCCUUCUGUUAUUUCUGUAAUAAUUCAUGUAAGAAUUCCAUUUAUUUUUUUGCUCAUGAGUUUUGGAUCUGCAUUCAUGGUUUUCACUGUUCUUAGUACUUAUCCUAACAUCGUUCAGAUGGUAAUAAUUGUGUUUUCUUUUUCGACUACCAUUAUUUACAAAUACAGCAUUUGUAUUCUCUUUAGUGGGUGAACUUUGUUUAUCACUGUUACGUUCACAGCUUUGAUUCUUUUUACCAGCCCUUCUGUUAUUUCUGUAAUAAUUCAUGUAAGAAUUCCAUUGCUUUUUUUUUCAUUGCUCUUAGUGGUUAUUCUAACAUCAUUCAGAUUGGAAUAAUUAUUGCGUUUUCUUUUUCCAGUACUAUUGUGUACUUGUUCAGGAAGAACAUUUUGUUCUGUAAAAUUGAAAUCACUAUUGUGACUUCUGUAAGAGUGCUCAUUUCCUGAGUAAGAGCUAUUUGGUAUUGUUGAUACAUAAUGCACUUCGUUUUCAUGACCUAUAUAUAUUGUUCUUGGUUGCUGUGAUGAUGAAUGGCGUGGCUCUAUUAAAGUUGCCUUUCCAAAAUUUAUGUGAGAUUCUACAAUAUAAAUUUGUAUAUUAAGUGAUUCUGCAACUGCUUGUACAAUUAAUGCAUCACACCAUGUACCUUGCAUUGACAUAUUUGUCAAGUAACCAUUCCAUGAGUUCUGAGUGUUGCUUUCAAUGAAACGUUCAGGGUUAUCCCUGAGGUAUUGGACAGCAGCUUGUCUGAUGUGAAAGUGAUGACUGGGAUUACCAUACAAUUGAUGUGAUACGGCUUUAAAAAAGCAGUCACCUGCACCACCCACAUCUAAAGCUAUCAAUCCUAACUGUCCUAAUCGAAAGUUAAGCAAUGUUGAGGAAUCCACUGACAAAUUGGUCUGAUUGUUCACAUUCUGUUCGGGACCUGGAUUUAAUUCAACGUCACCUGAUCUCAAAAGAUUCAUCCUUGAUACGCAAUAUGUUUUAGCCGGGCAAGUUGAUUUUUUAAUUUUACCUGAACAACAGCUACUAGUUUGCUUUCUUUUUUUUUGACUUUUUUGUUGCCAGUCUUUUAAAAUUGACUAAGGAAGUAAUAAAAGCGUUGCAUUUUUGUAAAUACCGUAUAUACCACAAUUUACAGUGAGUAACCAAGUCAUACAAUCUUGAAGAUUUAGGGGUAUAUUUCUUAAAAAUAAACUUUAGCUUGCUUCUAGCUUUUCUCUUUUUCAUAUAAUUUAGGACCUUUUUCAAAGGUAUUCUAGAUGGCUCUCGGUCUCUAUGUCGUUUUACUUGUUUAACGAACUUGGAAUUUUUCCGAGGGGAAUGUUUGUGGAAUUCUUUCGAUGGCGGUACAUCAACAAUGGAAGCUCCCACAACAAAUCUUACAUCUGUUUUUAAAGAUCUGUUAGAAACUAUCCUUAGAUAACAAAUAUCAUGAAUUGUACUUCUACACUUCCCUUGUAGGUUAAAAAUUGCAACAGCUUUCGCAAAUGUCUGGCCAGUGAAAGGUAUUUUCACUUUAGGGGCGAUUUCAUUUCCCAAACAGCGGGUUAAACAGGGCAUAUUUCCCUCAGUGGGAUUUUUAUAAUCCCCAAAGGGGCUCAAUAAUUCCCGUAAUGGGCUUUUCUCUCCCCAAAUGGGGCUCAUUUAUUCCCCGAAGGGACUUUCUUUUCCCCAAAUGGGUCUCAUAAAGCUUAUUUUGUGUCCAAGGCACUCGCAAUAUCGCCGAGUGGUGAUGCUGUUGGCGCCAGGAAAGCUUCCAUCGAUCUACAACUUCAAAGCAUCUUUCAAAACCUUUCACACGGCCGGACAAACAAGUAGUGCGAAUGCUGUGGCAAAUGGACAAAAUACCCUUUAAGAAAUCCAUCACAAAGAUGCAAAACGAAAAGAUCACUUACCUAGCAAGCAACAAACACUGCAAUAAGCUCACGUGAAAUAUACAACAAGAUGGCGGACCUCUUCCUUCGAAAGCUGGACGGAAGCACAUGGUUGUUAACGAAGUUGACGUUUCCUUUUCUCGUAUUUGAUUGGUUCCGAGUCUUUCCGGAAAUUAGUUGUGUGCCACGAGCUGUUGGCGUUGUCCAUUUCUCAAAUCCGAUUGGUUCCAAUAUUCCCCAGAGGAACAAAUUUAACCCGAAAGUAUUACACCCGAAAGUAUUACAGGCUACCGAAAGUAUUACACUUUGAGAAUACUUCAUGUAACAUGUCACGAAAUGGAAUCCACGGUGAAACGUCAUGAGAAAAUCCGCGAUUUUAUCUUAUAUGAAGUAAUGGUCGCGCGUUUUACAGCUUAUGAUUGUGUCUGCAUGCAAAUGCAGCAGACACAAAAAGCCAUAGAGUACUAGAACCUACAUCUUAAAAUAGCUAAAGAAGUAGGAGACAAGCGUGGGGAGGGUGAUGCCUAUGGCAAUCUUGGCAAUGCUUAUCGCCGUCUGGGUGAUUUCAAAAAAGCCAUAGAGUACCACAACCUAGAUCUUAAAAUAGCUAAAAAGUAGGAGACAAGCAUGGGGAGGGUAGUGCUUAUGGCAAUCUUGGCAGUGCUUAUUUUAGUCUGGGUGAUUUCAAAAAAGCCAUAGAGUACUACAAUCUACAUCUUAAAAUAGCUAAAGAAGUAGGAGACAAGCAUGGGGAGGGUGGUGCUCAUGGCAAUCUUGGCAAUGCUUAUGACAGUCUGGGUGAUUUCAAAAAAGCCAUAGAGUAUCACAACCUACAUCUUAAAAUAGCUAAAGAAGUAGGAGACAAGCAUGGGGAGGGUAGUGCUUAUGGCAAUCUUGGCAAUGCUUAUUUUAGUCUAGAGGCGUAA